CCAGAGACAAUUUAAAACCAAGUGCAGCAGCUUGCCUUUCUGAGUUUUGUCAGUAACAUCUACGGAUAAUUGCAGAUUAUUUACGGUGUGAAAUUAUUUGUUUAUAAAUGCAAGAUGGUCCAGAAGUGUCUUUAACCAGGCAGCCAGGCCUUGACAGCACACAGGAACAUCAGACCCAGCAGACUGAUAUCAUGGAGGAAACCAAGGGAGAGCUGGUGAAUCUGUGUAUGGACUAUCCUGAGGGUCUCUCCAUAUUCAAGAUUCACAACCUUUACCUGAAGGCCUACAACAAGCCUCUGGAUCUGGGAUGCUCAAACAGGUUGUUGGCACUAGAGACACUGCUGAAGACCAUACCUGACCAGCUCCGCUUCUCCUCUACUGGAGGACUGACUGUAUGGCCUAUCACGUCUCGUCUACACACAUCCACCUCAUCAUCUUCCUCAUCAUUAGCAUCAUCGUCAGCAGCAGCUAUAGAACGUCCCACUGCACCUGGAAGCUCAGCACAGGAUAUCAGCAAAGCUGUGUGCCUGAACAGGCUCAGAAGAGAGGUGCUGCUCAUGCUCGGCGCCUUCCCUGGUGGUGUGGAGGUGCCUAAGUUGUGUGCCUGCUACAAGCAGAUGUACGGCAGGCAGCUGACCCUCAGAGAAUAUGGGCUGGCAGGCCUCCAAGAGCUGUUUGCUGCCCUGGGGGACCAGGUGUGUGUGGAGAGACAGGACAAGAUGAACUUGGUUCGGCUGAGCAGUCCUGGUGACCAGAUGGAAUACACACAGCCACAGCAGGGGCAUGUACGGGAGAGGAGGAGGAGGAGAGAGGAAGAAGAAAAAGAAGAGAAGGAUGUAAACGAAAGCCUGUCAGGAGCUCUGCUUAGGAAGACAGCGAUGUCGGAGACUGAGAAGGCCCAGAGGAACAUCCUGUCCCUGGUGGAGCAGCACCCAGAGGGGAUCCCCCUGAAGAAGCUGACGGUGGCCUACAGCCAGAAGUACCACUGCAACCUCACCCUGUCCUCCCUGGGCUUCAGCUCCACAUCUAGCCUGGUGGCCUCUCUGGAAGGGGAGCUCUAUGUGGACAAGGACCUGGUCUUCCACAGGAGCCAUAGAGGAGUCGCCGCAGCUCCAGCACAGGCAGGGGGAGACCAGGUUGACAUAUCCCGCAGGCCUCGGUCUGGGAAGGAUCCACCAUCGAGGACCCUCUCCCCCAGAGCUGUACCACUGAAAACCCAUCCUCAGUCUACUACCCCGAUCAGCUUUGGUUCUGGGUCUGAUCCCCUACAACCGGCCCCAGGCUCUCGCUAUGGGCCUCCCCCAAGCUCUGGAUCCUCCCUUGGGGCUACCUGUCCUUCUAUUCCCCCCUCUGCUGUCCCCCGCUCCUCCCCUCUCCUUUCUUUCUCCAGCACAGUGAAAGAGAAUGAAGAGGUGACUCGGGAAGAGCUACUAGACAGAGUUAAAGAAGUGAUAAAGGUGUACCCCCCUGCCGCCACAACUAUCGCCCAACUACAGAACGGCUAUUUGCUGCGCUUUGGGAAGCAACUUCCUCUCCAGCAGUACAAGUCUCUGUAUGACAACCAUGAGAAACAACCUGCAGCAGCCUGCGCACUUGUAGUCCCGGGAAAGACAGGAGCAGAGAAAUCAGCAGCCACUUCAAAGAAGACAGAGCGUGAGGGACAAUCUGCUCCUUCCACACCCCUGAACAACGGAUACGUGCAGGACCAGGUGCGCUUUAAAACAAGGUCCCCCCUGCUACAAACAACAUCACCAGUUCCAUCCUCGUCCCCGUUACUCUCCCAGCCCCUCAUCACUCCCCAAAUCCCCCAGCCUGGUACCUCCGCAUCGGACUCCGACUUCCCAGCACUGAAAGCGGAGCUGAGGCUGACCAAAGCCCAAGAGCGGAGGCAGCUAGCUGUGGGACAGAGGGAAGGAAACUCCCCUGUCUUCAGAGAGGCCUACAAUGCCCAGCUCAGGGAAGUGCAUGGGGCUAACGUGCGAGCUGUGGAGGCACAGGCUGAAGAGGAGGAGGAAGAGGAUGGGAUGAGGAGGAAGAGGAAGAAGGCUCUGGAUCCUGAGGCGGUGAAUAGUCUGGUGGAGGACGUCAUACGAGACAUCGCAGCCGAGGGAGAACUUGUCACCAGAGAGAAGGUGAUCUCCAGGGUGUGCAUGCUGAUGCAGGUCCGCACUCUGGAGGCAGGCAGGAUAGACCUCCGCUGGCAGAUACCAGCUCUGAAGGACCUGCAACGCAACCUUCGAGAGAUCAACAUGUUCAUAGAGUCUGCAGAGGCUGUGACUGCGAUGUGUACCCUGUAUGAGUUGGGUCAGAACCUGGCUGGUCUGAAGAACAAGAAGCGUUAUGAGGAGCUGAACCUCGGGCCACUGUGUAAACUGCCUCUCAUCCAUCGCAUGUUCAAGAUAGACAGCAACACCAAGGACGAGGACAUUCACCAGAUAGAGACUGUGGACAUACUGAGGAGUCUGCGUGUGUUCAGGAGGAAACAGAAUAAGCCCAAGGUGGACCUGGCUGAGUUUAUGAAGCACCUGUCUGACCAGUAUAGCUGUGACUCUCCCUAUGAACUGGGCAUUCGUAUACACAGCGUGGGCCUGCCCAUAGCCACCUUACAGAAGGCAGUGAGCUCAGAGCAUGUGUGUAUGGAGCGUGCCCGGGAGGCCAUCCAGAGGGAGUUGGAGGAGGAGGUGGGGGAGAGGAUGAGGAAGAUGAAGAGGGUCGUGAUGGAGGGAGCACAGGGUCCCGUCCUCUUCUCCUCUGUCGGUAGUGCCGAGCUGAGGAAGAAAUACGUUACCAUGACUGCAGCCGAUGCCGUGCUCGAGGUCUUCACCAACGCAUCCGGGGUCUUCAACCCCAAGAUGACCAAGUCAGUGCAGGACUUCAUGCUGCGUGUGUCAGCUGACCGUCUGGCCAGGGCCUUGUUCCAGCUGGCUAUCUGUGGGGGGUCGCUGGCUGCCCCUCAGGACCUGGUGCCCAAAGAGAAGCCAGCCAGACACACUCAGGAGAGGAGAGCUGAGGAGAAAACACAGGCCACACCACCCAGCGAAGCCGCAGUCAAGCAGGUCCUGAAGGAGAGCCUGUCCAAUCACAGCUCUCCAUUCACCCUGGCCCAUGUGGCAUCUCUGGAGAGGAAGUUAGCCAAGCAUUUCCAGGUCACAGAGUUCACGUCUCUGGAGCAGGGCUCCUUUCUGGAGUUCCUGGUCAAACAUGCUCAGGUCCUGCAGGAGACAGUAGGCAGCGCUGUGGUUGUGGGCAGCACUAGUGGUGGUGGUGGUCAGGACUGGCAGGGCCAGGGAUGUGGCUUCAGACCCAACAGACAAGACGUGUUUGAGUUUAUCAAACAGUGUGGCACGACAUCAGCCAACGAACCAGACGGGCUGUCCCACGUCGAGUGGUGUCUGAGAGCCCACUAUGGGGUGAGGGACAGUCGAGACCUGGGGCUGGGACCUCUUAGGACCUUGGUGGGACUGGUGCAGCGCCAGAGAGAGCUCAGUCUGGGAGGAGGGCUCAGCCAUGUGCUCUAUGAGGCAGCCCUGCUCCCCAGAGACACCAGCAGUAGCAGUAGUGUAGGUGAGGCCCAGCAGACGGUGGGUAUCCUAGGGGAGGUAUCUCAGACCCAGGCCUUGUCCUGUCUCCUCUCCUGCCCUCUACUGGAUGAGCUGGGUCAGUGGAGCCAGUGGGAGCUGGUCUUCAGGCCCCGCCACGGACCCCUUAAGGACUUCAUUGAUAGGAACGCUGCGAGCACAGACCUGUCAGCGUUGGAGGUGUCCCCAGGUGUUCUCCUGCGGGUCACCACCUCUACAGGGGACAAGCUCUUCUCCCAGGCAGCCAUGACCCUUGACCCCGUGGGCACGGCAGGACACCUGGUCUCCAUGGUGGUGGCUGAUGGGACUGCCAACGCCCCCACUGCCCUCCUGGCCAAUCACAUGGAGAGCUCUCUUGCGGCGGCGGUAGCGAAGGAAGAUCUGUCACGGGCUGAGGAGGACGGGUCGUGUUUCAGCUCUGUGGCUCUCUUCCUCCUGGACUGUCUGAUCCGCAUCCCCACCAGAACCUGCCGGGCCCUGCUGCAACAGGUGUUUCUGGAGCCCUUCUCUCGGGUGCUGGGUGGCCAGGCCAAGUCUAAAGCGGUGCUGCUGUCUACAGCCCGGUCCAACCUGCGCCACCUCAACUGUCUGCACCAGCUGGGCAUCGUGCUUGGCAUCACAGACUGGGUCAAGGACUACCACACCAAGCUCAGCCCACCACAGAACCAGGACCUAAACCAGAGCCAGAACCAGGCCCAAACACCACCAGCCAACCAGACCAAGCCUGCUCCUGUGGAUUCUGUGAGCAGAAGUCUCUCUCAGACUCUCAGUGAGGAUGAGGAGUUCCCAGAGGACUACAGCUCUGACUCCUCCCACCCCACUCAGCCACAGCACGCAGAUCUUCGUCCUUCAGAGGGCUGUGAUGAAGAUGAUGAUGAGUUAUAUGAGCUGACCUCUGAGACACUCGGAGACACACACACCGAGAGAGACGGAGAGGAAGGCUGGAAGGAAGGGAAGUCAUUGGCUGAGCCUGAGAAAGCAGACAACGCUGAUAGCCAAUCAGAGAGCAGAGUGGAUUGCCACAAGGACAUAAUUGAUGACAUCAGGAAGAGUGAGUUUGGCAUUGGAGUAGAGCUAAAUGAGGAGGGUCAGAGGUUGAUGACUGUUCACCAGGAGAGGCUGGGGCGCAGUCUGGACCGGCUGUCCACUGAACUCUACAGCAAAGACACACACUUUGUACUGGAACUCAUACAGAAUGCUGAUGAUAACAGUUACCCGACAGAGGGGGGCCCUGUCCCUGCGCUGGCCUUUGUUGUGGAGAAAGACUGUGUGACUGUCCUAAACAACGAGACAGGCUUCCAGGAGAAAAACAUCCGGGCCAUCUGUGACGUGGGCCGCAGCACCAAGGGCAAACACAAAUACGGAUACAUAGGUCAGAAGGGAAUAGGUUUUAAAUCAGUGUUCAAGGUGACUGACUGUCCUGAGAUCCACUCUAACGGAUUCCAUCUGUGCUUCGACAAGACCAGUGGCCCCAUGGGAUACAUCCUGCCACACUGGGUCGACGACGAGAGACCUCUCAACACACACCUGGCCAACCACACACAUACCAGCUGGACCACUAAGAUCUGUCUGCCGCUGCGCUCAGAGUGCUACCAGACCAGAAACCUGUUCCACGAUGUCCACCCCUCUCUGCUGCUCUUCCUACAUCGCCUACGAUCUAUCACCAUUUACAACCAGGCUGAGAAGCGGAUGGUGACCAUGACGCGUAGAGACCUGAGUCACAGCGUCCUGGAGGUGGAACACACUGAGGGAACAGAACGCUGGCUGGUGGUCAAACACACACUGCACCCCACCAAGAUAAAAGAUGAAGUGGAGUCCACUGAGCUUGCCCUGGCCUUCCAGCUGGGUGAUGACCUCACAGGAAGUGACAUCCAAGCCCCGCCCCAGAAGCAGCCCGUCUUCGCCUUCCUGCCUCUCCGAAGCUUCGGCUUCCGCUUCAUCAUCCAAGGUGACUUUGACAUUCCUUCUUCUCGUGAGGAUGUGGACAGAGAUAGCUCAUGGAACCAGUGGCUCCGUUCUGAGAUCCCCCAACUGUUCUUACGCGCCAUGGACGUCUUCAGUGAUCACCCAGAGUUCAGUGGGCUGAAGGGCCUAUGUAAUUUCCUGCAGUUUGUCCCUCUGCCUGACGAGGUGCUCGACUUCUUCAAGCCUGUCGCCGGGCAGAUUAUACAGUUGCUCAAGGGAAAGGCCUUCCUACCCACACUCAACACAGAUGGUUCUGUGGUCUACAAGCUACCCUCCCAGGUCGCUGUGUGUCAGGACCCGGUCAUUCGCGACGUGAUCGGUGGAGAGGAGCUUAACAGACACCUGUCUCUGUCCUAUCUGCAUCCGGGCCUGCUGCCAAUCCCGCCCCUAUCCCUGCUCACACACCUGGGAGUACGACGCCUGAGGGGGAGUGACGUCACCACAGUAACAACCGCCAUGGCCAAGGAGCUGUUGCAGGGAGAUGGUGUCAACUCAGACUCAGGCCUGCGUCAUCUGGCCAGGUUGUUGGUGUGUAACUUCCGUGCGUUGGAGCAGGGCUACGGAGAGACAGACUCUAUCCUGACCACCCUCAGAGAUCUACCCAUAAUCCCACUGGCUGACGGGCGCAUGGUGGCACUCAGCGGAGAGGGAGUCUUCUUCCCUAUGACUGAGACCAAGAAUCACAGCAACACAGGUGUAUAUGGAGCACUGUACAGGGAUGUGUGUGUGGUCCACCCGUCUCUGCUUUCCUGUGUGGAACCACUGGAGAGCCAGCAGAUCCGAGAGCUGCUCAGGAGGCUGGGAGUCCACGAGCUAGAGCCACAGCAACUGCUUGAGAAUCACAUAUACCCUGCCCUGAAGAACAACACAUGGAAGUCCAAGCCGGUGGAGGCAGUGGUGAGCUACCUAGUGUUCAUCAAGCAGCACUCCUCCCCUCAGGAGUACACACACCCAGACACUGUAGUACCGGUACUGACCACAAGGGGACUGCUCUUCCCUGCUGACCACAAAGUACACUUCUCUACACACUACGGCAAUAUGGACCUGCCCAACAAACUACCAGGUGUGGACUGGGUGUUGCUGAGUGGUUGUUAUGUGGAGACAGAUGGAGACGUGGAGGGAUGGAGAGAUCUGUUCAUUAGGCUGGGAGUCAGAGAGAGACUCAUACUGAGGAAAGAGAGACGCACUCUAACUUCUAAAGAGCUGGCCUCCAGUCCCUGGGCGGUGGAGAGUGAGUUGUGGCCAUGUAGAGCAGGCAGGGCCGGAGGACCAGAGGAGGGAUGUGUGCUGGAUGACUACCCCUGCGAGGAGCUUCUCUCUCUGGUCACGGCGCAGCUGCCUGCCCCUGUCCUCAUGGAGCAGAGACAAGCACUGCUGGAGCUACUGGAGACCAACUGGGACACUGGUGACCGGUACUCUCAGUAUCUGACAGCCCAGGUGAUUGACAGCGAGGGCCGGCUAAUCAAGAGCACCAAGUCCUCCUUUUUCCAUUUCCUGUCCUGCCUUCCCUGGGUGCCGGCCUAUUGUCUGCAGGCAGGUGCAGAGGGAGGGAGAAAGGCGGAGUAUCUGUGUCCUAACUCAGUCUACCUGUACUCACCUGAGGUGCACAAUCUACUGGGGACUCACGUCAGCUAUAUUGACAUGACCCCCAGCGAGUUCACCAGGACUCUAGGAAUGAAGAACAGCGUCAAUGUGGAGGAGCUGAUUGGCUACCUGAAGAAGUGGUGUGUAAAAACAUCCUCAGCCAGUGGUCCAGAGGGACAGGAGAAGCAGGAAGAGGAGGGGUCAGAGUUUAGCUCGACUGUGCAGCAUGUCCACAGUGUGUACUCCUUCCUGCACAAGAACUGUUCUCAGACCAACCUCAAGGAGCUGUUCCAACACACACCGGCCGUCUUCAUAGAGUACAACAGGAACGGAGACUGGUGUUCCGGUAGGUUCUACCACCUGAAGGAGGUGUGUUGGAGCGACCCCACCGAGAUGUUUGUCCGCUACCGGGAGCUGACCCGCGGGGCUGACAGUACGGUACAGGAACCCAGAGUCCUGGCCCCCUUCUACAGCAAACUGGAUGACAUGAAGGACCUCUUCCAUAGGUUGUUAAACGUGGAGCUCACCCCAUCCAUGCUGCAGUAUGUGGUUCUACUGGAGCUGGUGUGUAACUCCUGUCCUCUACCUACUGUAGAUGUACUCCGAGAUGUGUCCAAACUAUACGCCAGGCUGGCUGACAAGUGUAAAACCCCUGGACAGGGAGAACAGGAGCAAAACCUAGGCAUCAACCCCAGAUACUGUUCUACACUGAAGGGGAUGUUGCUGGAUAAGAGGGUGUUCCCCACUAAGGACAACAGCUGGGUGACUCUAGCCCACAGACCCAUGAUACCAGACAGCAAAGAGCUGGAGAAGAUCUUUAAGGCCCACAAACAGGUGUGUCUGCUCAACCUGCCUCUCCCAGAGAAGAGGCCUGCACCCAGGACCAAGACUGGACCAUCCCAAGGUUGGUCUGUCAGUGCAGGGUGGUUCAGUGAGGAAGAUAGGAUUCUGUUCCUGGAGAUCAUCUGUGGCGUACGCCUCCUGUCCCAAUGUGUCAGUACUGAGGCACAGACAGAGAACUACAGACCCUGCCCCUCCAUGCAGCGCCUUGUGCGGUCUGUGGUUCCCUAUAUCCAGAGGUUCCUCUACCACCACGAGGACCUGCAAGAACUCUACUGGGAACUAAAGAAGAAGAACAUCAGGCAGACCAUCAGACAGCUCAACUACGGACAGGUAGGUAUGUUGUACACGCGGUACCUGCUGUCUGUGAGUGAUGAGGAGGAUCCCGUGGUAGAGAUGGAGGAUGUCAUAUGUCUACUGAAGGAUAACAAGGAACUCUACAUCCAGAAAGACCACCUCUCAGCCAGGCUCGACAUCUGCAGAGAGCUGGUGAAGCUCUUCAGCUUCGAGAGCAGUCACAGGAAGGAGCUGGUGCACUUCCUGAGUGGUCUGAUGACAUCACUGCCGGACAAUGCAGCUCUAAAGAGGUUUCUUCAGAAGGAGUGCCCAGGAGAACUGCCCAGUGAGGAGGAGGCAUGGGAGGUCCCUCAACCUGUACUACCUGUACAGCCAAUACCAGUGGCAUCACCGGUUGUCUCAACCCCAGAAGAUGUGUUCCGUCCUGGGCAGGAGGAUGGAGAGCAGACCCUAAUGUGUUGGCCUCCCCGCGCCUCCCUCUCCAACACAGCAGCCAGUCGCACAGAGCGCCAGCAGACAGCAGGACCAGUAGAGGCGGUGUUGAAGAUGUGGCCCCCUCCGGCUGAACCCAAAGACAGCCCCAGCUAUAGCCCCAGCUCCAUCUCCAACCACAGCCCCAGAGAGAGAGACCCAGAGAGGGAGAUGGAUGCAGGGAGAGAGGGUGUCCAGAGUCAGAGCCCCCGCGAUGGCACAGCGGAGGACCAUCCCAGCCACCUGGGUACCAUAGAGCCCAGUCAGGAUGCAGCAGUGGAAGCAGAGCAGAACGCAGACAAAGCUGUGGCAGGUAGAGAGUCUGGCCAGCACGCUGCCAGAGGCCCAGACCAGCACAGACCAGACAAGACCAGUGGACACAACCAGCAACCCUUCAGUACCACCAUUCCAGAGGGGGUGGUAUCCAGUAUUUUCCAGGGGGCUAGCCAGCGUCCUCCCCUGGCCCUGGACUCACCUGUUUGGGCUAAACCUCUGCAUCCUCAGGCCCUCCUGGAGGACCUGCAGCUUGAAUGCCAGAGACCUUCCACGGUGCUGUUUUCUGAUGAUCAGAGGGACACAGUGGCCAUCGGGGAGUGGGGCGAGAAGCUGGUCUUCUCCUUCCUCUGUCACUGGAGAGACAGCCAGGCCCCCGGGGGGCCCUGCCUGGUCACCUGGUACAACCAGUGCGGAGAGAGCGGCCAGCCCUAUGACUUCAAACUAAUUUUCAACCUCACUCAGGAGGGGGAGUCAGGGGAGGAGAAAGAGGAGAAACAAGAGAAGAAGAAGCGAGGGAUGGUAGUGAGAGAGGUGUUUGUGGAGGUGAAGUCAACGGUGAAGAAGGACAGAGCGUUCAUCCACCUCUCGGCCAACGAGCUGGACUUUGCUCUGAGGGAGAAGGAGCGGUAUCACGUGUUCAGGGUGUACAACGCGGGCGACUCCGAAAAGGUCCGUCUGUGUCGUAUACAGAACCUGGCCCAACACCUCCAUGCUAAAGACCUGGAGCUCUUCCUCUUUGUCUAGGAGAGACGAUGGGGCACCCUAUUCCCUAUAUAGUGCCCUAGCCAUUAGAAGUGCAAUAUAUAAGGAAUAGGGUGCCAUUUUGCACGAAGACAAGUAUGUCUUUCUUCCUGGAUGUGUCUUACUGUCCCUCCAGUAACAUUUGGAUUCAGGUCUGUGGAACAUACCAUUUGAUACCAUAAUGUAGAUGCCACUUUUGUUGAAUUUGUUAAAUUUAAUAGCAUAAAAAAUACUUACUUUAUUAACACUAGUUCCCUAGUGAAUGACAAGACGAAUACCAGCUGAAACAACACAUUUAUUUCCUGAGUGUGUCUUAUCUAUGGUAACAUUUGUGUUGAUGUUUGUUGAAAAAAGUUGCUUCCUUUUAGUUUAUUAACUGUUUAUUUUAUCAUGCACACUGUUUUUAUCUACCUCUUGUGUAAGAGAGGGGUCGGGUUUCUAUGUUAUAGCUAUUGCACUAUAGUCAGAAGGACUGCAGAGAAGACUUUUACUGGUAACUAAUGUUUUAUAUGGAUUUGUGCUGCCUUUUAAACAACCUUUUAAAUGCACAGAUUUUCGUUUAAGAACCUUUUAUAGUUUGAAGAUGUGUUGAAUCUUGACUGGUCUGAUGUAAGUGAACAUACACUUAUGAAAUAUUAGGUUUAUGCCCUGUUCUCCGUCCCAAGCAGGUUGACAGUCAGGACAUUCCCUGGUAUUCAGCCAGUUAUAUUGUAACGUCAUACUGGACUGUGAGUUAAGAUAUACAGUUUUGAAACCGAGAUAAGGUGUUUGAUUCAAACAGAAUCUUUUCUUUUUGUCUCAGCCCCCCCCAAAAAAUGAAAAUACUGAACAACUGUUGAUGUUAGAUUUGUUUUAUCAUUCCGUUGAAAAAUAAAACAUCUUUCCCGGUAA